UCCGCCGUUUGAACCCGAACGUCUGCAGAGCCGCUGCGUGUAGCGCGCAUGCGCAGCAGAGUCUGGCGGUUAUACAUGAGAGAAGGGGACGAGAGGUAACUGGGGAGUGAAGAAAUAAGUGGUCAAGAAGAAAAGCAGCGUGUUGUCACCUUGCAAGGCAUCAAAAUGAGGCUGAAAUGGGAUUAUAUUUUUCUCGGAUCUUUGCUCAUAAUAGCAGCUGUCUGGGCUGAAGAUGAUGAUGAUGAUGAACCCGAAGUAGAUGUCUUGGAGACAGAAGAAACAAAUGCUGAGAGUAAAUCUACAAUUCAGGUAUCCUACAAGACACCUGUGCCGAGUGAUGAAGUAUACUUUGCUGACACAUUUGAUCGAGGAAAUUUGGAUGGAUGGGUUUUCUCCACAACGAAGAAAGAUGAUACAGAUGAAGAUAUUGCAAAAUAUGAUGGAGAAUGGGCAAUAGAGGAAUUGAUGGAAAACAAAUUGCCUGGAGACAAAAGUUUAGUGUUAAAGUCCAAAGCAAAGCAUCAUGCAAUUUCAGCUCCACUGACGAAACCUUUUAUGUUCGAUGGCGAACCUUUAGUUGUCCAAUAUGAAGUGAACUUUCAAAAUGGUAUCGAAUGUGGUGGUGCUUAUUUAAAGUUGCUUUCUCAUACUGAGAACCUGAAGCUAGAAGAAUUUUUUGAUAAAACACCAUAUACAAUAAUGUUUGGACCAGACAAAUGUGGCGAAGACUACAAAUUACACUUUAUUUUCAGACACAAGAACCCUAUAACUGGAGAGUAUGAAGAAAAGCAUGCUAAACGUCCUGAUGUAGAUCUAAAGAAGUUCUACACAGACAAGAUCACGCACUUGUAUACUUUAGUGCUGAAUCCAGACAACACCUUUGAGAUUUUGAUUGACCAAACGGUUGUUAGCAAGGGAAAUUUGCUGGAGGACAUGACUCCACCUAUUAAUCCCCCUAAAGAAAUAGAUGACCCUGAUGAUAGGAAGCCUGAAGACUGGGACGAAACCCCAAAGAUUCCUGAUCCUGAUGCACAGAAGCCUGAAGACUGGGAUGAAGAUGCACCAGCAAAGAUACUUGAUCCAAAUGCUGUUAAGCCAGAGGGAUGGCUUCACGAUGAAGCAGAGUACAUUGCUGAUCCCAAUGCAGAAAAACCAGAGGACUGGGAUGAAGAAAUGGAUGGCGAGUGGGAAGCUCCCCAGAUUCCUAAUCCAAAGUGUGAAGAGGCACCUGGAUGUGGAGUCUGGGAACCACCCAUGAUCAGCAAUCCUAACUACAAAGGGAAAUGGAAGCCACCUAUGAUUGAUAAUCCCAACUACCAGGGAUUGUGGACUCCAAAGAAGAUAAAAAAUCCUAAUUAUUUUGAGGAUUUGCAACCUUACAAGAUGACUCCAGUUCUCGCUAUUGGUCUCGAACUAUGGUCCAUGACUUCUGACAUUUUAUUUGACAACUUUAUCAUUUGUGCUGAGAGGAAAGUUUCUGACCAGUGGGCAGCUGACGGCUGGGGUCUAAAAAAGAUGGUGGCUACAGCAAAUGAGCCUGGUGUUUUGGGUCAGUUGACAACUGCUGCAGAGGAGCGUCCAUGGCUUUGGAUUAUUUACUUUCUUACAGCUGUUUUGCCUUUGGGACUAAUUGUGCUGUUCUGCUGGCCAAGCAAGAAACUAGACUCUGCAGCUGAAUACAAGAAGACUGAUGCUGUACAGCCUGAUGUUACAGAACAAGAAGAAGAGGAUGAUGAACAGGAAGAAGAGAUGGAUGAGAAAAUAGAGAGUAAUGGUCUAACAGAAGCUGAAGAUGAGAAAGCAAGUGGAGAUGAUGAAAACAUUGGAGAAGGGAGCCAAGAAGAUGAGGAAGAUGAAGAGGGCAUAAAAUCAAAAUCUGCCUCUGAGGAUGAGAUGAAAGAAGCAGAUGAAGCUACUGGCUCAGGAGACUGUACCACAAAACUGAGCCGUAAGAAAAAACUGAGAAAAGAAUAAGUGCUUUAAUACUCUUGGAAUGGAGGCAUUCUCAUUUUCCAGGUGGGCAUUACCACCCACUGUACUUCCUAAAAGCAUGCAGAUUUACUUGGCGUGAUGGCUGGCUGAUAAAUCAGCCUAUUAGAAGUACCUGUCUAAUCCUAGCCUCCAUACUAUUAUCUUCCCUGCUUCAUUUACAAACCUCUUAGUCUUCCUGGAAGAAACAAAAAUACUAUGAAUAUGUUAUUGAUUUUUAAUUUUAAAAGUAUCAGAAUGUGGCCUCACCAAAUGACUAGUUAUGAGAGCAUAUUCUGGAAUUGCAAAGAAAGUUGUAGCAAGUAUUUGGUAACUCUUGUGAAAGAAGUGUUUAACCAGGGUAAAAUUGCAAAUAUUAUAAAAUGAAAGGCAGUUAUAGUUAAAUGGUAACAUUUGUAAUAAAAGGGAAGAAGCAUUGACAUGUUAUGUCAGGUACUUGAUGUUAUUCAUUUCAUGUUUUCACCCUGUUAAGGGGAGGAUAAAUUAGUAUGAACAUACAGUAAUUCCAAUGUACAUACUGUAUAUGAAUUUGAUUGAUGCAGCUCUCGGCACAACUUUUAGUGUCAGUGUUUUCUUCCCUUUAUGGGUCUCCUAUUGGAUUGUAUUGUAGCAAAACAAAAGAUGCACUGAAUUUCUUUGUACAUAUGAAUUGUUCAGGAACACAGAAGGGUGUCGUGCUUUAUUUCUCAACGCACCCACCCCCUUCACCAUUGCCCUGACAUACACACUUCUAUGUGGUACAAAUAGUUGUGUUACAUUUUGUCUUUACCACUAACUUAAAGCAUCUCAUGAUCUGCACUUGUAUUAUCAAUUUAGCUGUGAGAAAUUCUUUUCCUAGUUUUUGUUUUGGUGUGUGCAUGUGUAUUUUGGUAAAUAAUUUGUAUUACAGUGCAGUGACAUUCCUAAACCAUCUUCUGACUUUGUUUUCUGAAUACAGAGAUGAAUGAUUUAAUAAACCAAAUGGCUGCAGUUCAGGAGAUGAAUGGUGUGGUGUGUACUAAAUUUUCUGGAGUUUUAUAGUUUUAAUGUUACUCUGGGUUAGCAUAAUCCUUGUUUACACUGAUGUUUGCAAAUGUAUAAUUGCUCUUUGAAAUAAAUAUUUAAUAUAAGGGCCAUG